UAUUGCACAGUGCAGAUCUCAAGAAGGGCGAUCGACAACUGGGGAUGCGCACACGCACACCCGCGCACCCCGUAGCACCCCUCGGAGGGCUUUGCCCCACACUUCCCCGUGCCGCCCCCCGCCCAGCGCAGCGCCUGGGUGACGGGGUCAGGCGUGGCGGGAGAGGGGGAGCGGGAGGUGAAGGUGAAGAGCAGCAGCGGGCUCGGGGCUGGCUGCGGCUGCUCUCUGGGCUGUGCGGCUGUGCCCAGAGGGCGGAGUUCCCGCACGCUGCUGCCUCACCGGAGAACCUGCCCUCGGCGCAGCGCUCCGCAGCCGGGACCCCACCGCCGCCGCCCGCCCCGCACCGCUCUGUGUGGCCCCGUUUCCCCCUGGGCUCGGGGAGCCGGGAGGUGGCGGAGUGGCGCUGCCCCCCUUCCUCGCCCUCGGCUGGGGUUCCCCAGCACCUCUCACACCGCAAAGCGUGUGUCUAACGCCAGGAUUUUUUUUAUUAUUAUUUUUAAAUUUCUGGUCUCUCUUCGAACCGUUUCCUCCCCCCGCCUCCCCUCCCCCUCGCUCCCAUCGGUAAGUUGGAACUUUCUUCGCCGCUUUAGCAGUUCUCCCGCUCUCUCUCCAGGUUUUAGUUCCUUUAUUAACGCUUUGUCGCUGCUCCGCUCGCACCGACGCUGGAGGAACCACCACCAGCCCGGGGCGGGGCUGUGUCCGCUUUCGGAGCCUUCGGAGAAGAUGCGAGAGGCGCGGGGAAGGGCGCUCCGUCGGCUUCGCGUUGGCGCAACCGUCCCGCCGGCGGGAGGUACGGGCGUGCGAGCGUGCCGGGGGGGACCGCCUCCCCUAGCCGUCCGGAGUGCAGGCUGGGCAGUGGGAACAGGAUCGGCCCGUGAUGCCGCUCAGCGGAGAGCCCUUGGCUUCUCCCUCGUACUUUCGAUCACUGGAGGCAAACAUCGAAUUAAUUGGAUCUUGGUGGCUGAGGCUGGUAACAGUGUAUUGAACGGAGUUAUCUGCCACAAUGCCCAGGUGUCUGCCAGAAUGUCAGGACAUUCUAGACCAGAUCUCUCCUCCUGUCUGCCGGGAGGGCUGAACUGUAAAUCUGUCUCGAGUGAUGCACCCUACACCGUGGGUAGGUGCGUCAUUUCGGAGCCGGAGAGAGAUGGGAGCUUAUCCGAGGAGCUUUCAGACACCUCCGUGGGAUGGGUCGUUAGGGAGUGCCGGAAUCCACAGGAAAUUGCAGAUCUAACAUGUGAGGAACAUAAAGCCCUGCUCUCUGACAGUGGGAACGCAAAUACACAGACACGCGGGACUGAGCCUGGUACUUGCUGAGCACUGCGACUCACGGCUUUGGGCCUCGGUGCUGGUUUGUAAAAUGCCUCACUCACGUACUGCUGCAGUCGAUAGCCGGAAAGCUACCGACCGUGUGAGUCAUGAGCCAUCAGCAAAAGCCUUCAGCCGCCCUUCCAAAGCCUAAUAAAAGAGUUAAACUGA